UGGUACAUGUACCCGACCAUGGAAUGUACUGCAAGCCAGCUGCCACAAACGUACCUCACCUGCAGGUCGCUCGAUCCUACCGCACGCAACCGUGCCGUCUGUAUCGGCGUGGUGACGGAUCACGUGACUUGCAUCGCAAAUAAAAAAGCCAGCCAAUCGCAGCCCCAGUAUGUCCGCCACAACUUAGGUAGUUUUGUACGUACUACCGGACUCCUUGAUCUGUCUCUUGAGAUUAGCUCGCUCAAUCGAGACGAGACAUGCGCGUUUGUGCGACCUGGGGUCAGAGGUGAGCGGCAGAAGCUUCUCACGGUGCAUAUAUCUGUCCUCGGCGCAGCAGCGCGGCGGGACCACGCUACAGGUAGCGGCGAAAGUUACAGAAACGUUCGAUCUGUACAGACCAUCUGGCAUCCUCUCACCUGUUGGUGGUCUGGAAUUACGGGCGACGACACUAACAAACGUGGGAAACGGCCUCCGCUUGUCUUACGAAAAGAACACAUCAUGGCGGAAACCGCAGCCAAGACAGCACUCACAUCAGGAAACGUAAAACAGCCCUUCAAGUGGUUCCACAACUUUCUGACCCUGGAUUUCAAGGUUGGGUGUGACAACGACGACUGGCUGUACACGGAGGAACCCCACACAUGUCGCCGUAAGGAGAUACUUCUCAAACACCCGGAGAUCAAGCAGCUGAUGGGCUAUGACUACAGAAUCGCAUACAUAGUCUCAGUCGAGGUCAUAGCGCAGAUUCUCGUCUGUUGGAUGAUUCAGGACGCGUCCUGGCCAGUCAUCUUCAUCCUGGCCUACUGUCUGGGUGGCACGCUGAACCACUCUCUGGGCAGCGCCAUCCAUGAGAUCGGCCACAAUCUGGCGUUCGGCCACGGGAGGGGCUGGCUGAACCGCCUGCUGAGUGUGUGGUGCAACCUGCCCAUUGCUGUGCCCAUGGCCAUCAGCUACAAGAAGUACCACGCCGACCACCACCGCUACCUGGGCGAAGAGUUCCAGGACGUGGACAUCCCCACCCGCCUGGAGGCCUGGCUCUUCCGCCACCCACUAACCAAGAUGGUGUGGCUCUUCUUUCACCCGCUUUUUCAUGCCCUGAGGCCAUUCUAUAAGAGCCCCAAACCGAUCACUGGGUGGGAGGCCAUCAACGCCGCAUGUCAACUGGUUUUCGACUACUUCAUUCUGCGAGCCUUCGGAGUCAAGCCGCUAGUCUACCUGGUGGCGGGGACCAUGCUGGGCCUGGGUCUGCACCCACUGGCGGGCCACUUUAUCUCCGAACACUAUCUCUUCAGCGGUGGACAAGCCACUCACUCAUACUAUGGCCCCUUGAACUUCAUUCUCUUUAAUGUGGGCUACCACAACGAGCACCACGACUUCCCGUACAUCCCCUACACCCGCCUGCCCGACGUCCGGCGCUUGGCACCCGAGUACUACGAUAACCUUCCCUACCAUUCUUCAUGGGUCAAAGUUAUCUGGGACUUCAUCUUUGAUAAAAAUAUGGGCCCUCAUGCCCACGGAGUAGGCUACUUGAAAGACGAGGCCAUUGAACGAAAUCCCAACAAAGACAAAAUUCAGUGAUUCACUCCUUUUGUUCUGGCAGAAAAGACAAAAAUUUUGACCGAUGAUUUGAGAUUUGUGAACUCGGGUGGCAUCGUAAAAAAACAAACAAUUUCAUUCUGCAUUCAUUCAAGGCUAACAUAGCUUGAGUCAUGUAAACUCUGACACGGUGACAGUUGUGUCUUUCAAUGGAGGACCAUUGACUGUCAUAGCCAUACUUGAUAAUGAACACAGAUUUAAGUAGAUGUAUCACGGUCAAUGGAUACAGUAAUAUUGUUAGUACUAUGACAGGAAAUCGCUUCUCUUUGGCAAUAGUUCUGUUACUGCUUUUAUGUUUUUCCCUCAUUGUUAAUUUUUAAAAAAAUACAUACAAUGCCCUCAAAAAUCUUAGACCCACUUAAAAGCAAAAGCAGCAAAACUUUUAAGUCUGUGCAGUCAGUCAACAUUCCUUGCUGUUGUGACUGUGGUGCAACUAUGUAACAUUAUGCCUGUAAGUUAUUUAUCUUACAGUGUUCACAAAAUCAUCAACAAGCAGAAUAACAAUGACAAUUAUUUUGAAGGAAAUGUCUUUGAAAGGAUUGCGAGAAAAAUGUGUUUCUAUGCCUAAAUGACCAGAUAGAUUACAGCAAAUAUGAUGCAACCAAUUACUGCCCAUAUAUUUCAAAUUUAUUACAAAGUGAUUACUUUUCCAGUGGCAUUAAUGUGACAGGGCGAAGAGGUCGCAGGUCACCAUUAAAUGUGCUUUUUCUGAAUACUGGACUUGAGAGUCAACAUAAAUCAAAUUUUACUAUCAAAGGAUUUCCUGAUUGAACUUUAAAGAACUGAUCAAACAUUUCACAAGACUCUCUCCAUAUCAUUGAAUGUACAAAUUCUAUCCCAAGAAAUUUAAUAUAUCUUAAAAAAAUAUUUUCAUUUAAGAUUAUGUUGAAGGAAAUUUAAAUUUAUGUAAAGGACUUUUUAAUAAUCAAUGCCUCACCUGGCUGAUAUAUACACCCACCAUCACACAGAAUGGGUUGCAAUUGACAAUCCUGAGAUGUGAAAAGAGCUGAUGGCAAAUAAUCAGGCAACAGCUACAUAAGUAUUUCCUUUGUCCUGCUGUGCAGGUGCUAGAGUGCCUAUACUUCUUCCUCUAUGCCAGUGUAACUCAUUGAUAUGGCAACAUCCAACAUCUUAUUGUUGUGUCCCAGUGCAUGAAAGUGCACUUUGUUUUGAAACAUUCCUAUUAACUUGUGCCUCCGUCCUGUCAGUACAUAAACACAUGAAUGUGCAUAUGAAUGCACGUGCCUCAGUCCUCAUAGUAUUUCUUACAUUCAAGGUGUCAACACCACCACCAGCCAAGCAAGCAACUUUACCUGCAAGCAUCGCCUCCACCGACAACAGAACAAACACCUUGAAAGGAGAGCACAAACACUUGUUUCCAGCAUUUUUCCAAGAUAGCUGGUCAGGUGUUCAACAAGCUCUUUACCAUGCACUGCUUAAUCAUUAUAGUGUCCUCACUUAGAUCAAAGAACUACAUUAUACAUUACUGUGAUUGGGUCUUUCCUUGCUCUCAACAGCCAUUUAUCUCUGAUGGGCACACCUGCUUAUCUGAGGACUUUACAUUUUGAGCAAAUUUCCUGUCUAUAAUUAGACAUGGAGAUUUUGCUAGGGAUUUUCAAAUCCAUGCAUUCCAAGAUUUAGAUUUUCUAUACUUAUUUGUGUUGAUGGUAUUUUGUUCCUUACAGUUUGGAAAAAAGUUUGGUUCUAAGUAAUAUUUGUGAACAUUCACAUGUAAUACCUGUUGAACAUGACAUUGUUGCCUUCUCACGUAAAUUAAGCUGUCGUGGUGUGCAGCAUAGAAAUUUGAGCUUAUAUGUAUGUUUGCUUUAUUUCCUAGUGAACAUUGAAUCAUGAAUGUAAUGGUUGUUUAAUCACCAAGCAGAUGAUUUUCAGUUUUUGAAGGUAUUCAAGGAUAAUAUAUGAGCAUGUUAUAGCAUAAAAAAAUGUCAAAUUUAAGUACUGAGGAUUUUCCUGUAAAAUAUUUCAAGAAGCAGGAGUGUGGUCCCCCCAAAAAGCAGAUAUGACUGGGGAUCAACAUAUAGUAAUUGCCCUUGCGGAUUAAUAAAGUUGUAUUGUAUUGUAUAGAUGAUGAAAGACAAAACUGCACAAGCACCGAUUGGUCAAGAUGGGAGGCGGUGGUUGUGUAGGGAAGCCUAACAGUGUUAAAGAUCUUCAAUUAUGAAAAAUGUACAUUGCUUUCUACAUGUCUAUUGCUUUAGUUUUGUUAGGGUGUGUCUUUCGUUUUUAUUACGAAAUGACAUUUUUUGUAUUUUAUGUUAAAAACAGUUCAUCUAAAAAUUUCUUACCCAGUCGCAUUAGUUAAUGUUUUCUAGCUAUACAGAAGAAAAGAAUAGAAGCUUGCAUUUUUGCAUUAGAAAGAGGAAAGUGAUAAUUGGUGGAUUCUUACAUAUUCAGUAAUUAUUAUCUAGAAUAGCAUUUAGCAAUGUGUAUUCCACAUACUUUAACGCAACGUGUAUUCCUUUUUUUUAACUAAGUAGAAUGAAUGCAUGAUGUUGAUAUAGAGGGUUAUUAUUAUUCAAUUUACUAACAUUUGUUCAAGCUUAAAAUAUCUAAAUUUCUUUAACAUCAAUGCAUUUUCUGACAACUAAAGAAUAAAACUGAAACAUAUAUAGCUUCUGGCACCUAAUAAUUAGUUCUAUACACGAGAAAGGAUUCUCAUGACUUAAUGGGGAUGGAGAAAGGAAUUAUAGACAUCAUAAAGUCAUCACAAGAACAGGUGCUUUGUAAAUGCUUUUCGUGUGCCUGUGAUCUCAGAAUUCCACCCUUUAUAUAAACCAGUCAGAUUGAAUGUGAUCUCUGAAGAAAAUUGACAGUGCAUAUCGUGCUAUGUUUACAGUUGAUAUUUUGUAUGACUGCUACAUGAAAAUAAACUGUUUUAAUACAUUC